CCCGCGGACAACGAUCUUCGAUCGCAAAACGGGUGCAAAUGGAGCGAGGUCGGAUGUUAGUAAUGGAGCUUGCAUUCGAUACGAAUCAUUAGCGCCUUUUGCUCUUCUCCUUUGUGGAGCUGGAGGAUUGUUGCUUUUUCCCUUCUUCCCUGACCUCAGACGAUAUCCGACAUCCCCGCCAUGACCGCCAGUCCGAAAACUAAGCACCCGGGUGAGACCUCGCCGCUCCUGCCGAAGCGCAAUCAAGAACCUCAUCGAUCUGCGUAUUCAAUUGAUCCCGGCGAUGGAAUUGCACCUGAGGGGCCAAAUAGCUACCAGACCGGGGACGAGGAUGUCGAGAGACAGCAAGAUGGCGACCGACGCGAGCGGCAAACUAGCAGCAGCGGAGAUAUGUCCAAGCACCAGGGUAUGCCGGAGGUAAAGAAGCGUAUGAAGUACAUAUUCCCCGCGAUAGCAAUAGGAGUCUUCCUCGCAGCCGCCGACCAAACCCUCGUCGUAUCCACCUACUCCACCAUCGGCAGCGACUUGCAUGCUCUGAACAGCACAUCUUGGAUCGCAACCGGCUACUUCCUCACGCUGUCCGCCUUCCAACCCGUCUACGGCAAGCUCUCCGAUAUCUUCGGCCGCAAAUCCUGCCUCCUCUUCGCAUACCUCAUUUUCGGCAUUGGCUCGACGUUCUGCGGCCUCGCGCGUAAUAUGGGCGAGUUGAUUGCCGCUAGGGCGUUUGCCGGCGUGGGAGGCGGCGGCAUGACGACCAUUGUGUCGAUCCUGCUGAGCGAUGUUGUGAGCUUGAGGGAUCGCGGUACCUGGCAGGGGUACAUUAACAUAAUAUACGCGGCGGGGAGCGCUGCUGGCGCGCCAUUGGGCGGGCUGCUGGCGGAUAGUAUAGGCUGGCGGUGGUCAUUUAUUGCUCAGGGGCCACUUUGCGUGCUCGCUUUCAUCGCGGUCGCUGCAGCGCUGCAUCUCCCGAAGAUGGACCAUUCGCACUGGAAGGAGAAGAUCCUGAAGAUUGAUUUCCUGGGUGCGUUCAUCCUGAUCACGGCCGUCUUUGGGCUCCUGGUUGGUCUGGAUCGCGGCUCGAAUGUAGGCUGGAGUGAUCCGUUCGCGAUUGCGGGACUCUGUAUGAGUCCGCUGUUUGGAGUCUUCGUGCUGGUCGAGAAGCACGUUGCGAGCCAUCCGUUUGCGCCGUUUCGGAUUAUCUUGAACAAGACGCUGUUCGCCUGCUAUCUGUGCAACUUCUUCGCUUUCGGAGGGUGGCUAGCAGCGCUGUUUUUCAUCCCGCUCUACUGGCAAGUAAUCGGCAACCUGCGGGCUUCCCAGGCCGGUCUACUCCUCGUUCCCUGUAUCGUAUGCGGCGUCAGCGGCUCCCUAUUCGGCGGCUUCUAUAUGAAGAAGACUGGGAAGUACUACUGGAUCACUGGAAUCGCGUAUUCGAUCCUCGUCCUCGGCCUCGCUUUGGUCCUCCUUUUUGCGGGCACGAUCAUCGAAAAUAUCCCGCUCAUGAUCGUGGGGACUUGUAUGUGCGCAUUUUCGAAUGGUAUCGGAGUGACUACGACGCUUAUCGGGCUCAUCGCGAAUGCCUCUCAUGCGGAUCAAGCGGUGGCAACCGCGUGCUCGUACCUCUUCCGGUCUCUAGGCUCGGUGUUCGGCAUCUCGAUGUGCGCUACCGCUUUCAACCAGACGCUGCGCAAGUCCCUACAAAGCGCUUUGAAUGGAGACGCGGAUGCUGAAGAAAUUGCAGAUCGCGUGAGAGAAUCACUGUCAUAUCUAAGAAAUCUGGAGCCUGGACUACAAGAGAUAGUCAAGGAGUGCUACGGAAAGAGUACGCGGGCUGCAUUAGGAGUCAGCGUAGGGCUUGUCGCAGGCAGUGCGUUCUUUGCGUGGUUUAUCAGAGAGAAGAGACUUGGGAAAUAAGAUAUUGGGCUAUAAUGCAUUAUAUCAUAUGGCGCUCAGAGGUGUGUCCUAUCAAUCGGUAUGAUCUUUGACCUUUCUUGGGUGAGUGCGCAUAUGCCCAUUCGCGCUGACGGACCAGGAAGUUGUAGAUGCUGGCUCGGGGUCGAUAGAGCUUGCUUCCUAAGAGACAAUCUCAAAGCCAUUUAACGGGAGCUUCUUCCUUUCUAUUCUCUCCUGGGGUAUCAUCAAGGGUAUUAUCUAUAGCUCCUGUACUAGAGUUCUCUCUCUAGAUACUAAGCUAUAAUUAUAAAGGUUACUAGUAAAGGGGGUAGAGUAUCUUAUUUCUAAGGCUAUAGAGGCGCUAUAGCUCUUAUCGCAAACAGAUUCGCUAUAAUAACU